AUGAGUGGCUCUAUGUAUAUUCCUCCAGACGAUGAGGAUGACCCAAAGAAACAGAAAAGAAGCAAAUUUUUGCGUGAAAGAGAAGAGUUUGUGCAGUGCAAGUCAUUAUCAGACCUUCAAAGGUUAAAGAUAGACAGAAUGAUGAAACAUCCAGAGAGACCAAUUACAAUACCUGAUCGUCCGAAGGGACCGUCUGUUUCGAAACCACCUGAAUUUGUUCGUGAGGUGAUGGGAUCAUCCGCCGCGGCUGGUAGUGGAGAGUUUCAUGUAUACAGAGGAAUACGGCGUCGUGAACAGAAACGGAAUCAGUAUUAUGAAGCUGUAAGUAAAGAAGAAGAGGAAAGGCUCGAAUAUGAAGCAAAAUUGAAACAGAAUGAACUGGAAGCAGAACUUAAAACUUCUAAAAAGAGACAAAAACGCCUAAAACAGAAAGAAAAAGCCAAACAAAUGAAAGCGUCGAAGAACGACGAAACGAGUAAAACAGAUGAGCAGAAUAGCCAAAAUGAUAUAGAUCUUAAAUUAUACAUAGGAAAAGUUUCCGAAGCUGAUCCAAACCAAUUUUUUAUCCAACAAACUAAAGAGGGCGACAAUCAAGAAACGCCAACAUGCCAACAGAACGAAAAAGAGGAAACUCCCUGCCUUGAUGCCAAAACUGCGACUUGUUGUCAUAAAGAUUCGGCUUCUUAA